AGUCUUUCUUUGCGCCCCAUCUCGUGUCACAGGCGCCAAUGAGGAAGAAAUAGUUGGUUGUACCGAGAUUGCUGCUGCUGCUAUUGCUGCUGCUGUUGCUGUUGCUUGCCAGUUGAUGAGCUUCUCGCUGCCGCUUUUCCUCCCCGCUCUUUGCUUCUCACUCUUCUCUUUCAUACACCAACUUACUUAGCAAGUUAGCAUCUUCUGCCUCUUCUUCUUCUUCUUCAUUCAUCCUUCCUGCUGCCUUUUGUCUCUCCUCCAUUUCUCUCCCCUUUCCAUCUCCAUGCCCCUCUUUCGCCGCAAAGCCAAAUUGCCUGCCGCUGUCGCGUCUGCAUUCCGAUCGGUUGAGCAUCUUCCCCCUCGCGUCGAGCACCAGCACCACCACCAGCAGCACCCCGACGAUCGGCCCCGUCGCUUGUCCUCGUCUUCCUCUGCUUCCUCCUCCACCGCCCGCGAUCCUUCUUUGCCUGAGCCUCAGCCUCAGCCUCAUCAUUCCCACGCCUACUCGCAUCCUCAUUUUCAGUCUCAGUCCCACUCAUCUUCCCCAAAACCUCCUCCCUAUUCUGCUACUGCUGCUGCCCCUCUCCGACGCAGCAAGAGUCACCGCAGCCCCCGCGAGAACACCCAUCCGUCGUGGCCCCUCCCCGACCAGUCUCACGAGCAGGAACUUCAGGAACCACGCAAGUCUCGCCGCAGCCUCUUCUCCUUGCAUUCUUCUGCCACCACAAGCGACUCAGUGCAGCGGAAUCGGUCGGUCAAGAAGUUCUCCGCCGCCGGUCGCCGGAAUAAGCAUCAGCGACCGUUGUCUAUCGACACCAGCUCCGACUGCCGUCCCGCUACAGCCUGGACACCUGAGCAUGAUCUAGACGGCGCCUAUUCCCCACCGUCGUCGCAAGAACAUAUACACCCGCACGCCCAGUCGCAGCCGCAACUGCAAUCGUGGCCGCAGCCACAAUCGCAGGUAGGACAACUUCCGGUUCAACCACGGUUGGAGCAGCCCCCGCAGCCGCUGCCACAAGAUCUAUCGUCACGACCCCCAUCCCAGGAACAUCUACCGCCUCAGCUACGAUCGGGAGUUCACGUCCCUCGCUGGGAUUCACAACCACCACCACAGCGCCAGCCGCAGCCGCAGCCGCAGCCGCAGGCCCAAACCCAGCCUCGUCCACAUCCUUCGUUACGAGCAGGCCCUCCUCCCGCCUCGUUCCACAUGCCGCAGAACACCGUGCCGACACUGGAAACCCGACCGCCCCGCUCCCCGCACUCUACCAUCCAACGAUCCAAUACCGAUUCGGGCCUGCUCGACCACCUCGCCCGAUCGUCUCCUAUUGAUCCACCCCGUAUACACCACGGCGAAUUGGCCCCGACGCAGCCUCAACUAGACCCAACGGUGGGAGCUCGCCCGCCGUCCAGACAGUCUGUCGGACCCCCGUCUCCGUUGCGUCAACAACUGCCUCCCACACAGCCCGACUCCCCCGGCGGUAUGACGGAUCGUCCUUCAGGCGUGCUGCAGGCCAGCAGCAACAGCAACCAACCUGCCUCUGGCGCCAGCCACACCUUGCACGCGUCGAGCAACCAGUCCGAUACCGGAUAUCGGACCAACACCGCCCAACCCAGUGCCGACGCAGGACGCAGCACUCCAAGUGUGCGGGAGACCCGCGACGCGCGGCGAGAAGCUCGCGAUGAGCCAAGCGACAUUGACGUGCGCGCUUUAGUGCAGAAACAUGACGAACUGCAGGCCAAAUACUCCAAAGUCAAACGGUACUACUUUGAAAAGGAAGCCCAAGUGCAGCACCUGCAGAACACGGUGGCGCACCAACGCAUGGCGGUCUCGCGCACCGUGCUGGACGACAACGAGUACGCCAGCCGCUUCUCCCGGCUGGACGGGGCGAUCAAGGACCUGGCGUUCUCCAUCCGCAAGGACUGGGCGCGCCUGCCCCCGUGGCUGACCGGCUACGUCAGCGACGACGCGCACACCACCGGCACAAAAGAGAUGACGGCGAUCGGCCGCGCCGUGAUGAGCCGGUGGCUGGUCGAGGAGGUCUUCGAGCGCUACUUCCACCCGGGCCUCGAGCCGGCCCUCUCGCGGGCCCUCAAGGACAUCGAGAUGACCCUCCGCCGCCAGCAGGUCCAGGCGACCGCGACGACGGACGAGGACCGCGAGAACGCCGUCGCGCGCAUCAGCAACUGGCGCCGCACCACCCUCGACGGCCUCCCCGAGCUGCAGGCCGGCGGCGCCCAGGCCGCCGACUUCCGGGCGCGGCUCAUCGACCGCCUCGUCGGGAGUUUAGUCGCGACCCUGACGGCAUACAUGCGCCUCGAGACGGGCCCGACCGGCUCGACCACGCCCACCGCUCCCCCCGGCUUGGACACCGGCGCCCGCAUGAUCGUCGAAAACGCGAUCGGCAUCGCGGAGAAAAUCCCCCUCGAGUCCCGGGACAUCGUCGUCGAAUACAUCCUCCCUGGAACUGCCCUCAACGAAGGCACCAUGCGCGUGGAAUCGGGCAUUCCACCUUUACCCCCGCAGCAGCAGCAGCAGCAGCAGCAGCAGCAGCAGCAACAACAGCAGCGAUCAACGGGCACCUCGUUGGAGAUCGAUCGUGCCGCGACAGCAGCAGCAUCGGAAGGAGCAACGACCAUCCCUGAUGACAUCGACAUGGACAACGCCGGCGUAUUAGGCGCAGCAGGCAUCGCCCCAGCUGGUGCUGGUGCUUCUGGUGCAGCACUAGCUCCCCCGACCGGCCCGACCGACCUCUCCGCCGCUCCAUCUGCCCCAAGAGGCGGUAGCAGUGGGGGCGGCGGUGGCAGCGGUGGCGCAAGCGGCGAGCGAGAAUCCCGCAAACGGUCGAUGUUCAGCUCGCUGAUGGGUCGACGGACGGGUCCUGCUGCCGGGGGGGCUGCCGCUGCUGCCCCAGGUAAUGCUGGCGGUGCGGCAGGCCCGGGCACGGCAACCGGACCAGCACCCCCCGGUGUGAAUCUCCCGACGGGUCCCGGGUCCGUCUCCAACGUGACCAUCCCGGGCCCGACUGCUUCUGCUUCUGCUUCUGCGCCGUCGGCGGCGGGCAGCGCGGCACCCGAGGACCGCGAGCGACUGGCGCGGAUCCGGUUCUCCUCGUUCGUGCUGGCGGAGGUGCGUGGGCGGGGCCCGCAGAAUGUGCUGGUCAAGGCGCCUGUAUAUAUCGAGUAAGUAGGAACGAAAAGAAUGGCGGGUCGGGUCAUCUCCUUCGACGACACCUACAUCCCUGUC